UAAUAUGGCGGGAAAUGUUGACAAAAUUAAUCAAAAUUUCAAGACCGACUUCCUGAAUGAACUACCGUAAAUUUGACAUCGUGACAAGUACAAGUCUAAUUUGCAUAUAUAAUUUGCGGUUGCAUGUUGAUAUCUUCAUGUAGUAUAUAAACCAGAGCAUUUAUCAAAUUCGUUACAACUUUCUUAUCGAUCGGAUAGAAACAUUCAAAGAAAACAUCAUCUGCAAAAAUGAGUUUUCGGUCUUUACAAGAGGAUUGUGUGCAAGAAAAGGACGAAGUCCUCAUGAAUAGAGCACGAGGUCAUCGAAGGUCGAGCUCAACACCAAUUAUUUGUGAACAAGUGAAAGAAGAUAUCAAUGCAACAGACAGCAAAGGUCGUACAUCUUUAUACUUUGCUGCAAAAUAUGGCAAUAAGGAAUUAUUACGCCAUUUAUUGGAAAAUGGUGCCGACCCGAAUAUUGCUGAUAAUACAUUAACAUUCCCGAUACAUGAAGCAAUUGACAACGCAUUUAUGGAUAUUGUGGAACUAUUAAUAGAUUUUGAUUGCGAUGUAAACUGCAAGAAUCUUCUGGGUCAGACACCUCUUAUCAGAGCCACUUUGUUUGGUGAUAUUGACACAGCAAAACUUCUCAUCAAAUCAGGUGCUGAUUUAGACGAAAUCGAGUGUACCGGUAAGACAGCUUUGUUAGUUGGUCUGCGUGAAGGUAGUGAUAAAAUAUGCAACCAUUUGAUUCGAUACGAGUGUGAUGUUAAUAUUGUGGAUAAUUUUGGAUGCAGUGCUUUAUACUUGGCAGUUCAUAGGACAAGUGAACCUUCCAUUACAAUGUGUCAAAAACUUUACAAAGCUGGAUACGAUUUUGAAAACGACUGUGAUUGGUUAUCAAAAGAUCUUCACAGAACCAUCACACAAACUGGACUAUUUUCAAGUAUGCUACAGAAACUUGGACUAAAACAAAUCAGACUUGAAAAUGAAGACACACACUUUGAUUUCAGAGCUAGUUUGCUCUCGGACUCAUGUUCACGAAUGAUUUGAAAUUUCCAUCUGUUUUGCGUGUUACAAGAGACUUCCAUGGCCAUAUCACAGUUGGUCUAUCUAUUUCGAAAGCAUUUUGCAGAUAGACCAAGUGUGUUCCUUAUCAUGGAUUGUGAGUUCUUCCUAUAACAUUUACAGAAGCCUUGUUUUACCUUUUCUCAUUAACCAACAAAAUACAAAAAACUGUUAAUAGUUACAAGACUACAAGAACAGCUUUCAAUUAAUAGUACAAAUGUAGUACUAGUACUUUACGGUGAUGUCGUGCUUCUAGGUGAUCGAUGAGACUUAUACAAUUUCAAUUUCUUUGUAUAACUAAGGUAUUGUUGAUAAUGAGAUCUGUGUUAAAACGGGAACUGCUAAAUGAUUUUUGCUUUCCAAUGGUGCUUAUUAUUUAAUUUAUUUGCGUAUUAAUUUAUUGUACUUAUUAUUAUU